AUGGCGACGUCAGUCUACGUCGUGGACUCCUCCUUCAAGAGAACGCAGAUCAAAGUAACCCCGGGCAAAUACCUGCGAGAAGUGCUGGAGGAAGCAUGCAAGACGCGCAAACUCAGCCCGGAGGAGUACGCGCUCAGAUCCCAGAGCAACAAGACUAUCGACCUCUCUCAGCCCUUUAGAUUAUCUGGCCUGUCUGCGGGAGCCAAGCUGCAGCUGGUACAAGCUAGCAAAUCGCCAGGCGUGGUCUCUAUUGCUCUCCAACUACCAGAGAGCGAAGGAGGAACACGAUUGAACGACAAGUUUCCCAGCAACACCAGUCUAUGGCUUGUCCUGCGCAAGUACGAAGACGCUGUUGCCGGCUCGCCUUCCCAGAAGCUGAACUUGACGCAACGAGGCGUACCUUCCAGCGACAGCGGUGCAGGAAGACUGAUGUAUGAGCAACCAUGUCUCAAUCUCAUGGGACGAAGUCUCGAAACCUUCUCCGACCUUCAAAAGACCCUCGCACAACUGGGAUUGAAUGGCGGGACCGUGCUGAUCAGAUUGGCAUUCACUCCGACCCAGACGCCGCUCGAAGAGGCCAUGAAGGAAAUCAGCAAUUACUUCACCUCCAUCGAUUCCGUUCCGGCUGGACUAGGGAGCAGUGCCAUGCAAGGGCCGACAACUUCAAAAGCUCAAGAAAAUACUGCCGAAGAAAUUCCCAUCACAGACGCCGCAUCUACCACCGCCCCUGAAGAACAGGACCCAACCUCCCAAUCAUCCCCUCCCGAAGACCCAUCCACCACCACCAACUCCAUCAACGGCAUAUCCGUCUACCUCCCCCCAACAUCCAACACCCCCGCCGCAGCCCUCCAAAGCGACGACCCCUCCGUCUUCGAACCCACAAUCGACCACGCCAAAUCCCACCAAGCCGCCCUCCAACAAGCAGGCCGCAACAAACGCCUCCUCUCCGACAAGGAACUCGCUGACGCCGCGGCAGCACAACAAGCCCAGCUCGCCACAAUCCACUCCGUCGUCGUGCGCGUGCGCUACCCCGACCAGUCACAGAUUGAGACGACCGUUUACGCUUCGGAGACAGCUGCGGAGCUCUACGCGCGCGUCAAAGAGACGCUCGCGCACGCCGAUCAGCCGUUUGAGUUGCGAUACACCGGCACGAAAACGCAUGAAGUCCUCCCUGAUAGCUCGACGAAGCGCCUCGUGCGAGACUUCGGGUUCCGAGGCAAGGUCCUCGUCACGCUCUUAUGGGGCGCCGAAGCUUCGGUCGAGGCGAGAUUAGGCGCGAGCUUGAAAGACGAAUAUAGACGGCAGGCGAAGGAUUUGAAGGUCGAGUUGCAGACGCAGCAGGCUGUGGGGGAGGAGGCGCAUCGCAGUGCGAUGGGCAAGGGGGCGGCGGCGGGGAGUGGGAGUGGGAGUGGUGGGGGAGGGGAGGACAAGAAGGUGGAUUUGGAGAGUAAGAUGAAGAAAUUUUUGGGGUUCAAUAAGAAGAAGUGA